AUGAACCCCAGACGAUAUCAAACGUUCGUCUGCGGUCGGCGCAAGCAAAUCUUCCGCCGUACGGACAUCUUGCUCGACUGCGACCCUCGCAGGAAAGACACCUUCAACCCCAGAGGCCAGGCCAUAGCGGCACCGGUGAGCGCAGCAUCACGACGUUGCUCGAGCACCGUGGUAGCCGCACAGAUACAGGCUGCAAUCGCGGACCUGAACAGCAUACAGGAGGCUGACGCGACAACCACGCAUGCCGCACCGCGACAGCACCAGCUGACAGGUCUGAACUUAAGCCUAACGAUCCGGAACGCGGUCGAACAAGGUGAAUAUAAACUCCUAUCGGCUGCUGAAGGCGAUAGCAGUGAGAGGGUGUGUGCCACAGUUGAAGAAGAGCGAUUCAACUGCCCCGGAGUCGAGACAGGGUGUCGGAGGAGGCGCCCUCAGGCCGCGCGCUCUAUGGAUCCCGCGGUCAAGCAGUCGGUGCUAGCCAGCGAUCAGUUCCGCCCCCGCAAAGUCCUGCUGAACAGACGCUUGCGGCUCAGGAGCAGUGACAAAAAUACUCGUCCAAGAAAAGGGUGGUUAGAUUUUCGCUCGCUGAAAACGCGAACUGGGGGAGCCGUUGAACGGGUCUUACAGAGUGAGGCGGCCGCAACGUGCUGGGCGUUCACAGAUGUCAACGGAGGCAUCCAGUCAGAACAGGGGGUUGCCGCUAACGUGUGGUCGUAG